UCCGUUCGCCGGAGCGGCCACGUGGGCAGCGGGCUGGGGCUCUGGGAGCGGGUCAGGACCCGUGCGCGUAACCGGGGCUCCCCUGGUGUGUCCCGCUGGGUCCCGCCGCCUGCCAGACGCGCCAUGAGCGUGGGCUUCAUAGGAGCCGGGCAGCUCGCCUUCGCCCUGGCCAGGGGCUUCACCGCCGCAGGAAUUUUGGCUGCUCAUAAGAUCACAGCAAGUUCCCCAGACACUGACCUCCCAACUGUAUCUGGACUGAGGAAAAUAGGUGUAAACCUCACUAUAAGUAACAAGGAAACAGUUAAAAACAGCGAUGUUCUGUUCCUGGCUGUGAAACCUCCCAUCAUUCCCUUCAUUCUGGACGAGAUUGGCUCAGACAUAGAGAAUCGCCACAUCGUGGUCUCAUGUGCUGCUGGUGUCACUAUCAGCUCCAUUGAGAAGAAACUCUCUGCGUUCUCUCCCACCCCAAAAGUGAUCAGGUGCAUGACUAACACACCUGUGAUCGUGCGGGAAGGUGCUACCGUCUAUGCCACGGGGACUCAUGCAGAGGUGGAAGAUGGGAAGCUCCUGGAACAGCUGAUGGCCAGUGUGGGCUUCUGCACUGAAGUAGAAGAGGACCUAAUAGAUGCUGUUACAGGGCUCAGCGGCAGUGGCCCUGCUUAUGCAUUCACAGCCCUGGAUGCUCUGGCAGAUGGAGGUGUGAAGAUGGGGCUUCCCCGCAGGCUAGCUGUCCGACUUGGAGCCCAGGCCUUACUGGGUGCUGCCAAAAUGCUGUUGGAAUCUGAGCAGCAUCCUGGGCAGCUGAAGGACAAUGUCUGCUCACCUGGGGGAGCCACCAUCCAUGCCCUGCACUUCCUGGAGAGUGGAGGCUUUCGCUCACUGCUCAUCAAUGCCGUGGAGGCUUCCUGCAUUCGUACAAGAUGCCUCCUUCUCCUUUGUGGUUCUGCUCUUCCCACUGAUUUGACAGGCUCUUCCUGCAGGGAGCUGCAGCACCUAGCGGAUCAGGAGAAGGUCUCCCCAGCUGCCAUUAAGAAGACCCUUCUGGAUAAGGUGAAGCUGGAGUCUCCCUCUGUUUCCAUGGCCUCUGCCAGCAAAGUCAGUCUGUUCAGCAGCAGCUGGGCACCCAACAGCAAGAAGAACUGAAGGGAUGAGGCUCCUCCAGGCACCAGCCCCCGCCCCCCCUGCAUGCACUUUCUUCUCACUCUGUAAAGGAAAAGCUCUAGUCCUAGGCGUUCCCAGCCCCUUGCCUGGCUCUUGGCCUGCAGCAACUUUGGGGGCGGUGCAAAGCUAUAGAGAAGGGACCUUAACUUCCAGCUGAGGGUGGGAACACAGUCACUAGCACUUUCUGCCCUUUGUGGGAGGGCGGUUGCUCCGUCACUGGCACAGCUGGUUGUCAGGAGCACAAAGCGUCUCCUCUGGCCAGAAGGCUGGCUUCUCUGUAAAGUUAGAAUCUACCCCCCAAUCAUCUCCUGGGCAGUAGUCUAUUUUGAUGGGUUUGUUUUAAGGAGUAUCCUGCUGCUACUUGGCUCUGAAGGUUAGAGCGGGCCCUCAUGGGCCCCGUGGCUCCUAUCCCCGUCUCUUUUUCUUCACUGCUCAGAAUUCACAUUUCAGUAGCUGCCUGGUGCAAACCACGUAUCUUCCUGUGCAGAUCUCGGAGCAUGUGUCUCUCUUCCUGUGCCUGGUGUGAUUUGCAGGCCAGGCCAUCUGAACAUCCCCCUCCUGAACACACUGUUGGGCCCCAGCCACUUCUCCUCCUUCAGCACCCUUCCUGGAUGAACAGCUUAAAAAGCCUCAACUCAAGCAAGUGUUCCCUUUCCCUGCUGCCUGAAUAGGGUCCCGUCCCAGCCUUCCCACCACUGAAUACUUAAGGUUUCAUCCCAUGUCUGAAACGCUUUCUCUGCUCCUUAGUGUGUUCUCUACCUGCUGCCCUGGGGGCAGAGAGGGGAAGGGAAAACCCACAGUUUGUCACACCUGGUUCCAGGCCCCAGCAGGAUUUGCCCAUUUCCCAGUGUCUUGUCCAGUUGUGUAUGCAGAGGCUGUCAGACCUUCCCUUAGAGCUGAUUUCACAGGAUUCCUUCAUAUGCAUGUGGUUCCUUUAUAAUUUCAUCUAAUUCCCCAAUGUUUACAUCAGUCCUUGAUGGUUUCCAGCUUCACCACCUUUUGUGCUCCAGCUCAAACUGCAAACUUUCUCCACUCUGUACUGCAGCCCCUGUCAGUUCUUCCUCUGGCCCUGCUGCAUUCCUUCUCUCUUUUCCUGCCUCUCCUCUUAUCAGUCACAUGGCCUCCCAUCUCCAGCUCCCUGGAAGGUGGUGCACUAAAGGGAGAGAGGAGAAAUGC